AACUUUGCAUUGCAUUUCAAGUGUAAAAGGUGUAAGGAGGUGCAACUGUUGAAAACAGCUGUAUACUUAUACUGACUGAUACUGACAUCAUACGCGUGUUGCUUGAUCACGAAUGAUUUAUACACAGUUUUUGUGAUAUCUAAACAAAAAUAGAUUUCUUAAUCAAUUAUUCUUUAAAGAGCCGCGAAUAUACAUAUAAUGGCGCAAAUAGGAAAUGUAACGGCUAAUCAACUAAUGGCUGGUACCAGCGUAUUGUCACGACCUGCUGAAGAAUUUGAAAAUGAUCCGUCUCUGGAAGCAAUGUGGGCAAUGAAAGCUAUGGAACAUGCAGAAGUUUAUUUUAAUAUUUUAUGUUCAGUUGAUCCAAAGUUUUUGAAACUCACACCUCAUGAUGAGCAGAUCUACAAGACCUUCAAAGAUACUUUCCCUGAUCUGAAAGUGGAUAAAGUGAACGAAGACGAGUUGAAAUCUUCAGAGGGAAAGAUAAAGUGGAGGUUCUUCUGUGAACAAUUUAAGGAUCUCGUGGAGGACUACAGUUUUGGUACAUUAUUGAGAGCGGACUGUAGUGGGGAUUAUUCAGAGCAGAAUAGUAUACUAACAAGUAGGAUACAAUUUUAUGCUAUAGAAUUGGCGAGAAACAGAGAAGGUUUCAAUGAUGGAGUGCGAGAAAAAUACAAACCGAAAAGGAUUGUAGAAAAGUAAUUAGAUUUGAUAUUACAAUUAUAAUUACAGUUAUUAACAUUACUGAAAACUACUAAAAAGAACAGAUUCAGGUCUAUAAUAUUUCUAUUAUUUCUUUUAAGAGAUUUUGUAUAAUAUAAGAGAUAUAAUUUUGUAAGGUAUAUAUAAUAAAAAAAAAAUAACGUAAAUAUUAAAUUAAUUUUAUAUUAUUUAUACCAUUUUAAAAUGACAGAACGGAUUUUCUCUUUUUAUACAUCAAAAUAAUAAAAACAAAGAAUGCAAGUUUUGAAAAAUAGCAGGUAUAUAGAUGCGUAAAAAUUAUUAAGGUAUAGAGAAUAUUUGAUUAUCAGUGAGAUUCAUAAUGACUUUGAAUUAAUAAAAUUAUAUGAACAUUAAAGAACGAGUACAUAAUAUUAAGAUUGCAAAAUGUUCAAAGGGUUUAAUGAAAAAAUCCAUAAGAGCGGCCAUUUCUAGAAUAUAUUGCUAUAUACACACUUUAAUAACCAAAAACAAAUAUUACAGCAAUAAUAUUGUUAUUAAUAUAAUAUUAUAUGCAAUAAUAGAAUCGUUUAUCAAUCGUAGUGAAAACACCGAAAACCUUACGUCUUCUUUUACUGGAAAGAACAAUGCAUACGAUUUGUCUCCCUUUUAUGAAUAAUAUUAAUUCGCAUAAUGGCGCCUGAUCGACCGCACCCGCGUACUAUUGCAGAUCUUUUGAAAAAGAAAAAAAAAACAAAUACAUUACCUCAUUUACCACACAAUAAUGUCUAGGCGCGAAUGCGCUGUCUCGAGAGCGCGGUCGACUCACGAGUCAAUCGAUCGUUAUCAUAGAAUAAUAAAUAUGACAGUGCGAUAUCUACAAAAUCUGUCUUUUUUUUUAUGCAACUUGCACAUUCAAAUACAAGUGUACUCGAAACAUGUACAUUGUUUUAUUGCCCUUGCGAACGUUAAGGGAAAUAGGAAUUGCCAAAUCAUCAUAUGGCAAAUAUACGUUAGAGGUAUAGGAUGACACAUUUUUGCAUUUUAAUAUCGAGCAUGAAAAAAGGAAACAAUUUUCAAAGAAAACCAUUUUAAUCGUCUAGUAUAGAUAAUCACUAUACUUUAAAGAUUAUUCCUCUUUUAAAAUGUCAUCUAACGAUUUGGCAAUUACGGAUUCUCCUCGAAUCUUUAUACAUCUGCAACUUCUCUCCAAACUUCGCUUUCAUUCAUUCUCUCUCACUCUCUCUCUCUCUCUCUCUCUCAAACUCUUGUUUUCUUUUUUUUUCGAGUUCCCUCUGUAUCUCUGAUCGCUAAGAAAAUAUUUAAUACAAGAUUAUAAGUGAAUUACAAAAUAGAGCUUUGAAUAAAAUCUGCUUUAGAUGAGUGUUUUUUUUUAUGAAUAUAAUAAUAAUUAAAUAAGUAAUCUAAAGCAUAUUAUUUUAAUUGAGGAUGUGAAAUAUUUUUAUAUACUGUGGGUAAGAGAAAUUUAUUAUCUCUCCAAAAAAAUUAAUUCAAUACUAUUUAAAAGAUAUCACAUUUAUAUAUUCCUCUCUCAUUCUCUCUCUCUCUUCCCUUUCUCUCUCUUUUUUCUCUCUGUCUUUCGCAUUUCAAUUAUUCUCUAUUCAUCUAUUGAAUGGCGCAACUAGAAAAUAGAGCUUGCCGAAUUCCAUGCCGUUUAUUUCUGAUCUGAGUGAUUGGUUUAAAUCGCUCUUAUGUAUAAUAAAUAAAUUACAAGAAUCACUUAUAAACGACAAUGACCCUCAAAUAAUGCUUCAAAAUCGGAAUUUUAAUGAUCAGAUUUUCUAUUUAAUUCUGUUCAUUAAUUUCUUUCACAUCAUUCGAGGGUACUACUGUUUCUAGGGUGCUUGAAAAGGAAGCGUAAAGUAAGACUGAAAAAGACAAUAGCGAUAAAUCUAAAUGCAUCAUUUCUAUUGAAAUUAGAAAACUACAUUUGUACAUAUAUAGUUCACAUUUAAGCAUUGAAUGUAAACUAUGUAUGUCGCCAAAUAAUCUUCUAACGCAUAUAUUUCUAACUUUCAUACACAACAGAUAAAAUUAAUAAUUAAUUAGCCGACCGUAUUUAUAUAAUGUUGUGAUAUGCAUGUACAGAUAUAAUCGAUAUUUUCUGCUAAUAAUAGGAGUAAUAAAAAAUUAUGGAUCUUUUUUUCAUGUACAUCUGCUAUUUUUGUACAUGGAUAAAUUCAAUUUGAUGGUCCCUCAUAGUCUUAUUAGUUUUGUUUAAAGUGCUAUCUUUAUAAAAUUCAUUAUCACGAUUUGUGCACCUUUACGCUCUUUUUUUUUCAAACACCUUAGAAUAGAUGUGAAUUACAUCUCUCGUCUUGAGCAAAUAAUUCAUAUUUAAUAAAGAAUGACAUAAGGGAACAAUGUAGUCGUUCACAGAAAUAAAUAAGUGAAGAAUGGCAAUGUUAUAUGAGCCUGUAUAAAAGUCACGAUCCUGUGUAAGAAAUUCGCGUAAUAUAUCGAUGGAAAAUACACUUGAGUGCUUUGAACACGUAUCAUGACGAUAGACGAUCGUCGAUAAAAAACAGAGAUGAGAAAAUUAAUGAUUAUAGCUAUCUUUAACAACGAUGAUGCUAGCAUAUUUUUCCUAAUGUCUUUCCGAUUGCGUUAUUAUACAGUUCAGGAAAUUCCCUACAUCAAUACAAGCGCGCGCACGUGCCACGCUGUUUAAAAUCUAUGCCCCUCUACCAAAAAUCUCACUGAGAGAAAAUCGCAAAUCGAUUACACUUUCGAUUGCGCAUAGUUAUAUUGCGAUAUUAAAAAGAAAGGUGCAUGCAUAUUGCAUUAUUAAGGCAAACUGCUAUCUUCUACGAAUUAAUCGGUUAUUGAUUCGUGUCUUUUUUUUUUGCAAUGACGACACUUCUGACAGGUAAAUUUAUUAAAAUGGAUUAUACUUUCAUUUUGCAGCAAUAAUCUUUAUUUCUUUUUUUUUUUACAAAAACACUACUUGGCACAGCUAAUAGUUUAUAUAUUAAAUAUUUUGCAUAUACGAGAACAAUCGACAUUAAUAACGAGCACGAUUGUCACUCUUCUACAGAAUGCUCUCACAUCCGAACUAAUUGCAGGAAAUUAUCGUUAUCUUAAUUAAUUAAGGCAACUUCAGCGUAAUUAAAACUUCUUUUCUCUCAGUGCGUGUAACCGAGCGCCGAAAGUGACAACGAUGCAACAGUGUGUGGAAGUAAUAAUAAGCCGUCAAGUGUAGGUAAGCUCUACUUUACAACAAUUGUGUGUGAUUGUAGAAAGAAACUGAGAAACCUAGAAACACAAAGCGAAACACUCACGCAGUCAACGAUCUUGAAGGAAUUCGUCUCUGUCUCUCUUUCUCUUCGUUUUCUUCGCGUCACUUGUCGUUUCGCGCGCGUGUGAUCGAUAAUCAAUCCAACAACAACAACAGGACAUGUCGUAUUUACGCGACCUAUGGAGAGGUGUGAUACAAUAGCAGUAUUAAUAAUAAGAAUAAUUAUAGUUAUAGAUUGUAGAGUAGUAAGUAUUAGUGUUAGUAGUGUGUGAUAUAACUGACAAUACAAAUAUAUCUUCUAAACCUAGGAUGCACCGGGAGGAAGUCGGGAAGGUUCGGAGUGAGGGAGGAGGGAGGGAUGGGGGGGAGGGGGAGAGGGAGGAUGAGAAGACGAGGGGGGAGGUAGUCCCGGGUUGAGAAUCGCGAGGAUAAGGGUCGAGAGAUCCGAAAGCUAGUUUCCCAGAAUCCUCGGGCUAUACUACUCGGGGCUACUCUAGAGGCGGAGUGCCCCCCGAUUAACGAUCUCCUCUCUUUCUCUUGUACCGUGCAAGAUUAUUUCCGACCUUGUUCUGCGGGAGGAUCCAGAUGAGAACUCUGGACCGGAAGGUUUCCGGCUGGUUAACUAAACUCUGAUAUGUAGGUUAACGUAGUAACGUUGGGCGAGGGUUCUUCCCGAAAGGUUUAUUUACGAGUUAGCCCGAGUCUUUCUGCGCACGUAGCAACGUUAAAUGCGGCUGUCAACGGGAGUCCGAAACGUCAAUGGUCGAUGCCAUUCAGGAUCCGCGUUGCAACAAUGAUGUCGUAUAUAUUCUUAAUUAAGUAAUCCUUAUUACGUGGUCCUUUCUAUAUCGUAGCCUUAUUUGUAAAAUAGGCAGAAGGAAGAUAAUAUUAUAUCGUUUACUUUUACCCAACAUUGUUACAACUGAUCCAUAGGCAAGUUUUCUCGCGUAAUUUCGCGCCAUCUUCAUCAGGAUUACCGCGUGAAUGAACUCACGGUCUUUUCUUCUUCUUUUUUUUUUUUCUUAAAUCAAACUACGGGGACGCGAGGAGACAAGACAGCCACAUUUAUCGCUAGACGUGUCCAACGGGCUACAGACUCCCACACUACCAAUAGCGGUCUUUUUUUUUUUUCUGCAACAUGUCAAUACUUUGUCGACGUCGGUAUUUUUUGCAACGAUUUGAACGAUGUGACGCUUCGUAAACAACGAGUCGAAGAUAUGUGUAACGCCGACUACAAGAGAUAUAGCUUCCUCUCCUCGCACGCGCACACACACACCCUCUCAUUCUCCGUUCCCGUUUUUUUGUUUUUCUCUCCCUUUCGCUCUAUCUCCAUGCUAUCCCUAACACGGCCAGGCCGAGACAAAUCACCUGUCAACGCUCGCAAGCCCUGUAUACGUAAUGACACGACGAAUGCAGCUAUAUAAAGUAUAUAAGUAUCUCUUAAAUAUAUAUACUUACGGUGUAAUUGUAUGUUGUAUACAAGUAUGUAUGUAUAUAUUAUAUAUACGCAUACGUAUACGUAUGUUACGUAUCGCCGGCCUACGGCAGGUGUUUUAUUUCGUCUCUCAUUCUCUGGUAGUAUCAGAGCAACACGAAAGUGUCUCCUCUUUUAGCUUUCAUUCACACCGCACUUUCAUUCUCUCUCUCUUUCUCUCUCUCUCUCUCUCGCUCUCUUUCUCUCAUCAUGCUUAAAGUGUGUUUUCCAUGUGUGAACGUGUUGGUGGUGGAGUGUGUUUGCUUUUUACAUAAAAUAUUGCGUACCAGACGAUUUUACAAAACUUUACCCUGGAAUAAUGUACUUUUCGCUGUGCGAGGCGACCGAUCGCGAGGAAAAUAUCGCGGAUACAUUUUUUCGUACGCGGAUCCCCUCCCCCCCCCCCUCCCCCUUCUCCGCUCCAAGUGCGUUUCUUGCACGCGGGUCGGUCGAAUCUCUUCGCGAUCGGUACUUUCAAUGUGAGCCCCCCUUUGCGAUUCAUAUCAUUUUUAAUUUUAUUCUGCGAUCCCGCGCGACGACCGACUACACAUCGCGAUCGAAUGCAGCGCGUCCCUCCGCUCAACCCUUUCAACAGCCACACGUUACGUAACAAUAACUCCUAACUUGGUCAGCCGUGUAUUGUCAUACAUUGGAUUUCGAAAGUGAGGACUACGAGCGAGUAGAGUAAAAAACUUUCUUCCUGUAUAAAAUUAACGGAGGUAAAAUUCAAGGAGAAAAAGAUCAUCCCCGGACGCUCGGUUAUCGUCCGGUUAAGGGAUGCUGAAAGGAUCGAGAGUUUCGCAGAAUUCUCGAGACUAUGAGAUCACAUCUUGCGCUAUCCGUGGCGCGCACGUGCGUCCCCGGAGGGUGCGACACACGUUACAAAGGGCGACGAUUUCCUACGCAUUGAAAGACGCAGUCGCAAAUCGCACACGCGACAUUUUACACCUCACAUUAUCUUUUUUUUUUCUUCUUUUUGUAAAAAAUUUUAUUCUCUCUUUUUCUCCGUUACAUCGCGCUACUACAUCUCGUUUUGUUUAUCCCUUUCUUAGUUUUUUUUUUCUUUCGCGUUAAAAAUUUAAAAUACUCGUAUUAUACGUAAGUAUUUAUGACCCUGUUUUCGUAAAGGCUUUCUAACGUAAAUCGAUUCCUGGCCGAGGAAGAUAAAGGAAAUAGGAUUCUAAGACACAGAGGAAGGGACAAAGAGGAAGUCGAGAAGACGCGACUGCGUUGGGAAGAUAAUAGAGGGUACGCUCGAAAACACGAAUUACCCCUGACAUCGUUACGUAUUUUUUUUUUUCUUUUCCUCGACGCUUCUCGACGGCGAACAGAAAGCUAACGGAAGAACGGCGCAACGUAGAAAUAAAUGUGGAGACUUCGACGAUGGAACAAUCCGCAAUAGGGUGUCGCCACAUUUUCCUGAUGGAGGAAAAGUUUUGUUCUCACGGUUUUUCUUCACGCGACCACGACAUAGAAAUCGCUUAUCUCAUCAAAAUUCGCGCGCAUGUUACUCGCUUCCCCGUUUAAUACUUUAGUACAUCGUUUUACCAUUCUCGAGGAUAUAAUUCGAAAUUUCCUAAUGUCAAAUCGUGACACACGUAUAUUCUACGAAAAUACAAUAUCUUAGACAAACACCUUUUUUUUUCUUCAAAGAAGGACAUCUAAUUUAUUGUUCUCAUCGAUAAUUGAUAUGAUUUACGUUUUCAUAAAAAGGAACACUUACGAUAAGUAAGAUCAUUUUUAUCUUUAGGAUCAGACUUUCCGUCUUGGUAACAAUCUAUUGCAGAUUGAACAACAGAUUGUUUCAAGUUUAAUCGAUCAAUUGCUAAAGAGAAAAAAAGAGUAGGAAGAAGAAGAAGAAAAACACGGUAGGAGGUAAUUACCCUAACGAGAGGAGAGUGAAAUGACUCCGUCUAAUCUCCGUGAGAUAACGUAAGUCAUUACUCUUCAAUGUAUCGCAAGUGCAGAAAUUGAGAGCUUCCCACGCAAAAUUGUAAUAUUGUAUUUUUCUAUAAUCUCGGCGUCCUGCUGCAUUAGCAAGGGCGCAACCUUUAAUUUACAUACAUUUCUAGCGUUGCCAAGAAAAAUGUAAUUCAUUUGUUAUUCCCAUCCUGACGUUUCGAUUCGACGAGAUUGCUAUUUCUGAAAUUUUGCAGCAGAUCUAGAUUCAUUAUAUGGUGCGGUCAAGAAGUCAAAACUAUUCUUAAAUAAUUCCAAACAGCAGUAUGCAUUGAAUAGUAAUUAAAUAUAUUUGUGUCAAUAAUUAUAAUUUUCUGUAUUAUAUUGUUUUACAAGAUGUACAAAUUGAGGAUGAACUGGAAGAGUGAAAGAAUAACGAGAAGAAAUAUUUUAUCUAACACUUAUGUAUCUCACAUUAAGAAUUCGGUCACUGUAAUUUUCUAAGAUAUCGUAAUGAUAAAAAACAGAUUACGUUAUAAAAAUAUCAUUAAUAUUUCAUGAUUGUCUAAAACGUUACUUAAUCGUUUCGUCGCGAUCGUUUUUCUACAUUAGAAUCCCUACAACUUAUUGUAACAAAAUAUGCCCGCGGCUAAAUUAACUUUUCACGCAAACCCAAGGCGCAUCUCGUCGACGUUCGUGGGCUCGUCAGGGGGGGGGGGGAUUUAUACGCUACCCGAAACAGUAGAUGAUUAAUAACGGCGAUUUGGCACAAGUGUUAUACUGCUCGCGAUUUAUGUCAACUUGGCACAGAAUUGAGCCGCUCAGCGAUGAAUUUUCACAAUUGAUUUUUUGGCACCUAAAUCGCAUAUCAGGUGGUGACCCGUUUGGCUCCGUGGUCGACAGCCUUCCUCCUUAUUAUGUCGACUACUUACGUGCGCUCGACUUUUUAAUUCGCCUUAAAUUUAUUUCAGGGAAGAUUCGCGAUACCAGGACCGAUUAGACGACAGACCGCUGUCUACAAGAAGAUGAAAAGCGUGAAACGCAGCUUCGCACGAAGGUUUUCCCGAUUAGACUGUGGAACGUUGAUUAUCAUAAAUGGCAAUCGCAUAUUCUAAUUUUACUUUCAAGCAGCGAGUAGCAAUUGACUGUUCAAAGGGCGAUAAAGAGGAAUCGUUUAUCUUUUAGGUAUCACUACCCUUAGAAUAAAAUGUCAUCCCACGAAUACAGCGAAUAAUGCUGCAAUCACAGCGUCGCUUGUUCCGCAUUUCUAUCGCAGUUUCGUGUAUCUCAUCAGUGCCAAUUGCUAUGCUAAUGUAAUCCCUCGCGAAACUCUUUUUUUUUUUUCCGAUGCAGCACGCGUAUAUCUGGUAUAACAUUACAAUUUCAAAAAAGCUACAGCAUAUUUUAACAUU